UGGAAAAUCUCUGCUAGUUCCUCGCAGCUCUAACAUUGCUGUGAAAUCAAGGCUGCUCUCACCAAGUUGGUAGCCUGAAAUCAUCUCGGGUUUACUGUUUCUAGAUUAAAGAAAUGAAUGGAAAGUACCUUCGCUUCUUGUCUGGGGAACUGAAAUUCUUCUGUGUUUGGAUUUACAGCUAAUAGAAAACAAAAAUCAAAGGGAGUUUUUGCUACUUUUUUUUCUUUCCCUCCUGUAGUGAGAGCAACAGAUUGUGCUCCACCACCCCCCCACCACCCCCCCCCAAAAUCUUUUCCUGACAUUUAAUCGUUUGCAGAUCUUGCCAUGGGGUGUGGGCUGAGAAAGCUGGAAGACCCAGAUGAUAGCAGUCCUGGAAAAAUCUUUUCUACUUUGAAGAGACCGCAAGUUGAAACAAAGACGGAUUCUGCUUACGAAUAUCUCCUGCUGGAUUUUACUUUAGAAGCUUCCUCAAAUCCAGAAGUGGUCAAGAUCAGUUCUGUGUUGGAGAUAGCAUCCAAGGUGGAAGAAUAUUACAGCAAAGGCUAUGUUGUGGGAGCUGUUCAUCCUGUCAUGCUGCCCACAGGACACAGGAGGAACUUCCCUGCAAGUCACAUGUAUCGAGUGGUGCUUUCAAGGCUGAAAUCCAGCCAGAAGCAUGCAGCACCCAGAGGACAAAGGCACCCCAAGCUGGUGAUCGAGGAAUGUCCUUUAAUGUGUGAAACACUGACAAAUGAGGUAGUGAAAGAACUGUUAGAAAAGGUUAACGCAGCUGCUAAAAGCGGGAAGAGGUUUGUGGGAUUUGUAACACAGUGUCUUCCACAACCUAAAGCCUGCAAUGGAACUGGCACAGAUGGAACUGCAGAGCUGGAAUCAACGCUGGGCAGAAGGAAUAGGGAACACAGAAGAAAAGAUUCUGAUGAGAACUAUAAAAACUGGAAUGAAGGGACAUUGAGUGGUCACUCGUCUGAGAGUGGAAUAGAGGAGGAAAUGCAAGGAGAAAGCAGUCUGUUACAGGAUGCAGAGUUCCAGUUUGGAAGAGAAUUCAACCCUGUUAAACCACGAAAAGGAGAUGACAAGCUAUAUACAGUCUUCAAUGUUUUUGAUGAUGAUUCUACCUGCUGGACCUACCAUGAAGGCACUUUCUCUAUGAAAGUAACAAGGAAAGGGCCAGUCAUUAGUACACUGGAAGCAGACUGGCUAGAAUUAACCACAUUUUAUUAUAAACAAGGACUGUCUUUAGUUGAUUCUGUUGUGCACUGGGAAACUUGUAAAGGGGACUACUUGCCCAAAUCUUUAGAAGGGUUGUUUAUCUACGAAGAAGAAAGUGCUGGGGUUCCAGGCUCGAAGAGGAGAGGAAAUGAUGCAAUAGUUGUUGAACAAUGGACAGUCAUUGAGGGAUGUGAAAUUAAAACAGAUUAUGGACCUCUGUUGCACACACUGGCUGAGUUUGGAUGGCUCCUGACCUGUGUCCUGCCUACACCGAUUGUACGACAUGACAGUGAAGGAAAUCUGGCCACAAAGCAAGUAAUUUUUCUUCAGAGACCAGUUAUGUGGAAUUCUGCUGCCCAGACACCAGAGAGGAAAUCCUUAAGACAAGUUACUGGGGAGGAUAAAGGCAAAGUGUCCAGCAGAAGUGUUGGAUUAGAUACAGCAACUUCUCGCCCUGUAGAAAUUGGACAACCAUCUGAUGAGUUUCACCUUUCUCCAUCUAAACAAUGUUGGAUCAAGGAGGGAUCCUCUCACUAUGGAGGCUUUGCUGGCUUCAGUAGCAGUGAUGCAGUGUUAAGGGAACUGGAUGAUGGACAGUUUGACCAGGAAGAUGGAGUGACUCAGGUCACGUGUAUGUGAUGAAACUGAGUGCAAGACUGGGGGCUCUGCUAACUUGUUCACGCUGUUGACAAGGAAGGAAGCAAAUGCUGCAGAACAGUGACAGUUUGAAUUGUGGGAGAGAGAAAGGAGUGAGGGUGUUUUGUAUUUUCCACAAGCUGGAGGAGUGUUUUGGGUUUUGUUUUUUUUUUUUUUAAAGGUCUUGUAAAUAUCGGUUGGGAAAAUGAACUGUUUGGCUGUUGUCAAGUUUUAAUGUGAUUGUUGUUUGACUUGCCUUGCAUACAUUCAAAAGCUUAGAGAAAUAUUCAGUCUUUGACUAGAGUGGGAAUAACUUAAGCUACAUUCAGACUUGGUGUCUACAGAAAACCUCUGGAGGCAGGCGCUUGCUUCUGUAAAUACAGCUUCACCUGUGAUGGCUUCAUCAGGGUUCCUUGUACAUCUGAGCCAAAAGCCUUCUGAUCAGGUAAAUUGUGUAGUGGUAUACACAGGAGUGGAAAUGAACCAUUCAACCCUGAAAGAUAACUUUCAGUCUACUAAAAGGUAAUUUGAAAAGCUCCUAAGAAGCAUUGACAGCUGCUUGGUGCACAGUGAUGUGAUCAGAGGAGGAGCAAGUGGGCUAAGCUUCACGGGCACCAUAGAUCAUAGGCUACAUAGAACUAUGCUGUGUUAGACAAAAACUUCCUCAGCUAAAUGUAUCUCACACUGGGUGAAGUCUAUUCAGCUGCAUCAAAUAAGAAAAAGUCAGAGGUGGUGUCCCAGCUGCCCUGGGGCUCUCCCUGUCCACAGUGGUGGAUGCUGGCACUAAAUCAUAGAAUCACAGAAUCAGUUUGGUUGGAAAAGACCAUUAAGAUACAGUCCAACCAGUGACUUUGCAAUGGGCAAAUGAAUGCAGUGACAAGAACAGUGACAAACUGACUCCAAAUGAGCACCCAAGGAGCUGACCAGGAUGGUGGAAGUAAGACUGGGAUCUUGAUGGUAGGAAGCUGUGCAAAAAGGACACUGGCAGAAGCUGCUUAUUGCAAUGUGUUUUUAAGACCAGGCUGGAUGUGACUCUGGGCAUUGUGAUCUAGUGGUAAGUUUCCCUAUGUCAUGGGAGUUGGGAACUAGAUGAUCCUCGAGGUCCUUUCCAACCCUGACAGUUCUGUGAUUCUGUGAUUAAGCAAGAAGUAGCUCAUGAAAGAAGAAAGUUUCACUUGUAUGAUAAGCAUGAGUAGUACAAAGCCUUAAUGUUACUGCUGUUAAUUUUUACAGGGCAGGGCAGAUCCAUUAUACUUGUAUUAGUUGUCAUAGCUGGGAGCUUGAAAUUAUUAUUGCUUUGGAGCUGUUCCCGUUUUAUGAUUAAAUUGUUGUAGGCAGGCUGGUUUUUUUAACUUCAGAACUGGUUGGAAUAUGUUUGGGUUUCUUUGACCCAGAAAAAUCCAUAGUCCUAAAGCUGAAGCCAUUCCUUCAGCUUCUUUUUCCUAUUGUUCCAUUGAAAAGGGCAACUUCUGUUUUCUCAUUUGAGUUUCUGAAGAAAAAAGCUGGAAGCUUGGCAGAAGCUUCUGAAUCAUACCUAUUUCUAGAGGCAGGUACCUGUAGUAGAGAAGCAGGAGUGUGCACACCACAGGGAGUAUCUGUGAUAGUAGGCACUGUAAGAAAUCCUCUCACUAGGGCUUCUCUCCCCAGUUUCCUACCAGCAUCUCAAGUGCAUAGAUGUGGGGAAUGCCUUGUUCUACUUCCAAAAAAACUUCUCUUGAGUUACCCAGAACUCCCAUGUGUAUACUUUUAACUACUGGUGGUUCUCCAUACAAGUCAAACCUGUAAAACCAACCUUUUGGUGGUUUUGGUGGAUUUACUGCUUCAGAACUCUAGGAAAUAUGAAUAAUCCAAGUUAAAGCUUUUAAAGUAUGUCCAAUUACCUUUACAAAGCAUUAUCUCUACUUAGAUGGGUAACAGUAGUGAAAACUGGAUUGCAGCUCUUUAAAUAGCUUACAGUCUAAAGUAAUAAAUUGAAUCUUCCUAGAAUAUAUACAUUGGAUAAAAGAAUCUUUUAACUGAGAUAUUUUCCUACCAGUUGUUAAGGACACAGAAAAUUCCAGGAAAUUAGUGUCUUACUAGAAGAAUUUUAUGGAAUGUGGGAAGAAGUUGAACAUGGCUCUGGAUGCCCACAGGUACACUGUAUAACAUCCCCAUAUUUGGCAAGAUAGGUGCUGCUUAAGAUGAAAUAAAGCCAUAUCCCUUUUCAGCAGCCUUCAGUUUUAACUGUGCUGUGGUCCUUGCUCUGGACUGUCAGCUGUCAAGAGUGCUGCAAACCUGGAUUUUUCUAGGCUUUUUAAUUCAGUGUAAAUAUGUUGUUUUCUCUGAAGCCACUCAGCUAUUCCUGUGUAGUUUAGGACAGCUGGGUUUUUAAUGCCAUGUUGCCUUGAAGGAGGUAAAGUAACCCCUGCUGUAGAAACAUUCAUCUAAAUUGUUUUCCUAGCUUUUUGUUGUCUUUAACCUGACAGGGCUACAUUUAGGCUAUAUAUUGGGGAAAAAAUAAAAUGGAAUUCUUCACCUGGAACAAAAAUCAACAUGAUGCGAGCCAAGGUCAAAGGAAAGUAGUCUGGCCUCUACGGAGUGGGAGUACAUUUCUCAGCAUUCUUGUUUUGAUGCAAGAACUCGAGGGAAGCAUGGAGAGGGUAAGUAGCAGGUCUGAACCAAGUAAUGGUGGCUAUUCAGCUAACUUCUGGAUGCUGUAUACAAACUGCAUGGAGAUUGAAAAAUUCCUGUCAGGAAAAAAACAUUGUCUUAACAUCUCUUGGUCACUGAAGCAGAAGCUGUUGGAAACCCUAUGAUCUGGUCUGACUGCAGUCUCAUCCUGUUCUUGAGCAUACUGUAAGCACCAGAGCUUCAUCCCUUGUGGGUGUGUGGCUGAAUGUCCGCUUCCUUUCAGCAUCAGAGAGAGUAAGCUGCUUGCUUUGCCUCUGCAAAAAUUACCUGCCCUUGUGCAGUAGCUGGGGAACACAGAAUAAAUUACUCAUCCUCCUAGGAUAUGGAUGCUGAAAUCAAGAAUUGAAAAUCCUUCUGGAAGAAAUUAUAGAAAGCAUUCUGGUUUGUUCUUUGUACUUUAAAAUUCAGAAAGCCAACUGUAUCUCAUCUGGAGGGAGGAGGGGAGGGUGGAUUUGAGGUAGAAAGGAUUCCAGUUUAAGCUGCUUGUUUCACCACAAGCAUUAAGGGAUGCUUUUAUUGGUGUUGUCAUCAGCACUGUCCUGUGAUUAAACUGUUUAACAAUCACAAGAGCUGUCAGAGUCUGUCAAGAUGUUUUUGUGUGCUUCUACUGAUAUGUAUGCGUGGGGUGUGUGUCAUACACACAAUUCAGUUUUCGGAGACAGAAAGCAACCAGUGCUGAUCAUAACUUCUGCAGAAGACUUUAUGCUUUCUGAUGUUUAAAUUCUUUGGAGAGGAAAUAUCUUUCUAAUGUUUACAAGGAGAAGGAAACUGUCCACUGAAGGAAAAAAAAAAGUUGUGCCCCUCUCAUAACUGUCAGAACAGUUUAUUUACAUACUUGGUCAACUCCAAUAAACUGCUGAUUAAUUGCUGUA